AUGCUGUGCAAUGGCCGUGAGAGAGGCUGCGCCGGCCACAGCGCCUGGAGCCGCUCCAGAACGCCCCAGGGUGUGGGCAUGGAAAUGAACCCCAACAAAGCUCUGGACAGCGGUUCCCGUGCUCCAAAAGCACUGGAGGGACAAGAGGAGCGACCGCAGCCAGGUGAGAGCCCCUCAGGACGGUGCCACGAGCCUGGCCGUGACCCGCUCUCAGCACCACAGGUCCAGGGCUGUUCUCAGACGGUCGCUCUGAGGUGGGCAGCAGUGCCACCCCCAGCUGUGCCCACGCAACGGGACGGGACGGUGCCCCGGCGGCCCUACCUGCUGCUGCCCGUCCCACCGAGCCCCGGGCUGGGGACAGGCAUUGUCCUCAUGCUAAUGCUGGGUGGAGGAGUGAGCCCGUCCAAAGCUGCCACUGACAAAGAGAGCUCCGUGGCUCACUCACCCUGCGGCCCCAGCGUGAGGCCGGGCUGCGGUGGGCAGGGCGAGAGGCGGCCUUUGUGCGGGCAGACGUGGGCCUGGGGCAGCGGGGGCUGCCGGCAGCUGCUGUGCCAGGAUGAGACCCCCCGGCACCACGGGGGCGGACGGAUGCUCGUGAAGCCCCCGGCCGCCGGGGGCUACGUCAGGGCGCGCGGCCUCGCUCUUCUCCCGCCGCCCCUCCCGUUCACACGCCGCAGCCGCAGCCCGGAGCCGCCGCCCCGCAGUGACCGGGCACGGAGUAUAAACCGCCGGGCUUCCUCCACCCAGCUCGACCCCGCAGCUGCCAAGAAGCCGGACUCCAUCUCAGCUCUCCCUUCCCCUCACCCUUCCCCCCUCUGCGCCGCCGUGGUUCGUCCCGCGCCGCCGCGAUUGGCCGAGCGCUUAAAGGGGCAGGCAGGGCGCGCUUUUCCGCCCUCCGACGCGGCGGCGCGUGCCCCCUCGCCCGUGCGGCGCUCCGGGGCGCGGGGCCGGGCGGGGGGGGGCGGCGGCGGCGGCGCGACCCCCCCCCACGGCGGCACCAUGGAAACGGCGGCGGCGGACGGCGGCUGCCGCGGGACACAAAGGGCAACGCGGCGGCGGCGGCGGCGAGCGGCGCGGCGGGGACCCAUGGCGGCGGCGGCGGCGGUGGCGGCGGGGCCCGGCCCGGGCGGUGGGAGCGGCGGCGGGAAGGGAGCUCCGCGGUACAGCUUGUUGUCCGAGAUAGGCCGCGGGGCCUACGGCGUGGUGUACGAGGCGGUGUCGGGUCGCAGCGGAGCCCGGCUGGCGGUGAAACGGAUCCGUUGCGACGCCCCCGAGAACGUGGAGUUGGCGCUGGCCGAGUUCUGGGCCCUGACGAGCCUCCGGCGGCAGCACCCGAACGUGGUGCGCUUCGAGGAGUGCGUCCUGCAGCGGCACGGCCUGGGCCAGCGCAUGAGCCACGGCAACAAGCGCAGCCAGCUCUACCUGCGCCUCGUCGAGACCUCCCUCAAAGGUGAGAGGAUCCUGGGCUAUGCAGAGGAGCCUUGCUACCUGUGGUUCGUCAUGGAGUUCUGUGAAGGGGGAGACCUCAACCAGUACGUGCUGUCACGGAGACCCGACCCCGCCACCAACAGGAGCUUCAUGCUGCAGCUGACCAGCGCCAUCGCCUUCCUGCACAAGAACCACAUCGUCCACCGGGACCUGAAACCAGACAACAUCCUCAUCACAGAGAGGUCUGGCUCCCCCGUUCUCAAGGUGGCUGACUUCGGGCUGAGCAAGGUGUGCGCCGGCCUGGCCGCCCGCGGCAAGGAGGGCGGGCGCGGGAGCAGAGCCGUCAACCUCAACAAGUACUGGCUGUCUUCAGCUUGUGGCUCCGACUUCUACAUGGCCCCCGAGGUUUGGGAAGGGCACUACACAGCCAAGGCCGACAUCUUUGCCCUCGGCAUCAUCAUCUGGGCCAUGAUUGAGAGGAUAACGUUCAUCGAUGCGGAGACCAAGAAGGAGCUGCUGGGGACCUACGUCAAGCAGGGGACGGAGAUUGUGCCCGUCGGGGAGGCGCUGCUAGAGAACCCAAAGAUGGAGCUGCACAUCCCCCAGAAGCGCAGGACUUCCAUGUCUGAGGGGAUCAAGCAGCUCCUGAAAGACAUGCUGGCUGCUAACCCCCAGGAUCGACCCGAUGCCUUCGAGCUGGAAACCAGGAUGGACCAGGUUACGUGUGCUGCUUAAGCUGAGGGCAGGGCACCGCCGUGCUUUGCAGCUGGGUUUAUCUAGCAGGGACCCAUAAUCUCCAUGAUACAUGUGCAAGGAGGGAUGUCAAAGAUAAGGGAAGAUGAUGAUACUGAAGAUCCCUGGUCUGCAGGAUCUCUGGCAAUGUGAAAUCUCUGAGUGUUGCUUUGUUUUGUUGGGGAGAGAUGUUCUGGGGUGUGGGGAAGGGGGCUCUAGGGGCCUGUGGAAGAGCAUGAGUUGGCAGCUGUUGUGCUCACAAGACAGUAAGCUCCAGAGAGCUGAGGUGCCCCUGCCCAGCCCUGUCCCCAGCUCCUGUGCUGCCAUUGACUCAGUAGGUGUUUCUAGAAAAGAUCUGGUUCCAGCCAGAUGUUCUGCCAGGCACCAGCUCUUGAGUCUGGCUGGGCACAACUUUGGGUAUAAAGCUGUUGCUUUUGCUUAGGAGAGAUGGGAGCAAAGUGGUGGCUUGGUCUGCACUGGGGGUGUGAUGCUUUAGAAGGAGAGAGGCUUGGCCUCUGCAUUGCAAGCAGCUAAAUAAUGCCAUAGCCAGGCAGCUCAGAGUAGGUGGAUGCUGCCCAGGCUCUGGGCAGUUUACAUGAGGAUGAGUAGUAUUAAAGGAGCUGGAAGGCAGGUCUGCUGCUGCCUUGGGCAGAUGAGUGUUCUCCCUGAGCUGGGCUCCACUGGUGAUGUUUGUUGUGGUCUUUGUGUACAGAGGCUGUUGGGGGUUUCAUCUUCAGGUGAGCAUGGGCUGCCUACAAAGACACAGAAGCAUCCAGUGCUCAGGACUGCCAGUUGUUGGGAACAGUACCUGGGAGAGGGGGAGGUUUGGCCCAAAUGGCUCGUGGGCUGGAUUCCAGGCUCCCACUAAAGACUCCUCCCUGCUAGAUCACUAUCCCUAGGAAGCAAAAGGCAAUGCUGCUCGUUAGGUUUGCUUACAGCUCAGGUAAGGAGAUUGGAGCCUCAGGCUGAGCAGUUAAUACUCUGUUUCCUUACCUAUAUUUAGAGCAACACUAAUAUUCUGGGGCUGACCCUGUGUUGAUGGUCUUGGCUCACUGUAAAUGCAAAGUAAAGCACUGCUCACCUCACCUCACCCUGCAGGUCCUGAAGCCUUUCCUGCCAGGCUCAAUGGCUCUGCAGUGCUGUGGGGAGGGGGCUGCCAGGGCCAGGGGCAGCACAGGCUCCCUCCCACCCCCUGCUCUCCCUGCUCUGGGCUCUGCUCCUCUCCUGUGUGCAGGCUGCAGCUUCCCUGUGUCAUCACUGGUGGGUUUCUGAAGUGGCAGCACCUCCCUGGAUCUGCUUGGUGUGCUGUGCUGACCUCCCAGGAGGGAGUGGAAGUGCAGGGAGUUCAGGUGGGCUGAAGCAGAGCUAAAGCAGGGAAAGCAGGGAGAGGUUCCUUCUUUUCCUCCUCCAUCAGUUCCAGGACUCAGAGCUGAGGCUGUGACUGCAGGGAGGCCGUGUCCCACUUAGGAGAACAAUGCCAGGAGGCUCCAGAGCGUCUGUCUGUGACUUGUGAAGGUUCAGAGAGCACAAAUGCAGUGCCAAGCCCCUGUUCCCAUGCUGUUUGUUCUGAGGGAUGCUUGUGUGGGCUGUGGGCAGCCACAGCCAGGCCAUGGCUGCCCAGCCUCCUUCCAGGCUGCUUGCUGGGGCCUGGGCUUGGCUGCAGAGCUCUCAGGGGCCUGCAGAGCACGUUGGCUGCUCCCCUGGCCCUGCAGGUCCUGCAGUGGCUGUGCCCAGGAGCUGCAGGUGGGUUUCUCCCUCAGCUCCUGAGGGCUGCAGUGAGCUGAGAGCUGAACUCUCUGGUUCACAAGUCCAGUGUUCACUGGACCAGCCUCCCUCCACCUGACAGAGCCUUUUGCUCCUGAGUUACAACUGUCAGAGCCUGGCUGUGGCGUGAAGGGUGCAGUCAGGGGGCUUUACCCUCCCAGCCCUGCUCACCAGGCCUUCCCUGAUGGAAGGGCUCCUCACCCAGUGGUACAUCCCAGUUGAAGGGAACUUCCUAGCAGGGGAUUUCCACGUGUGGAAACCAAGCCUGAGAGGCAGGGUGUGCAGGUGGAAGGUGAGUGAGCUGCGCCCUGGGACUGCUGCUCCUCUCUGGGGCAGGAGCGAGCCUGGCAGGCAGUGGCCAGGCAAGCCCUGGGGGAAUCAGCCCUCUCUGUCCACCACUCUUCCAGGCCAUCCUCAAACCACACACAUCCACCUCAGCUUUUGCACUGCAGGUGUGUUUUUCAAGCAGGUUGUUGUUAGUGAGCUAGACCGUAGUGCCUUACGUAGGGUUUAGCCAGUGCCGAGCCCAGGGGCUGGGAGCCUGUGGCCAACGUGGGUGUUUCCCUGGUUACUUUGUCUUUCCAAGAGCAUUUCUCCCUGAUGAUUUUGCUGCUGUUUGUGCUGGACUCCCCAGACUAUACAGGAACCUGCCUCAUGUUUACAGCUCACACUAGCUCUUCUCCCAGUUACUUUGACCCAGACCAGCGCUCCCUCUAGAACAAAGUGGGAACAGCUCAAACCUCCAAGUGCUGUGGGAUGGAGGAUGUUCAGGCUUCUCUCCCUGGGUUGGGUUUAUCCUGCCCAGCUGCUGCUUCUCCCUCCCCUGUAGAUGCUUUUGGCAUUAGGAUGCACUGCUGGGAAAGCUCAAGCUUAAGAAAGCAGCAGCAAAGCUGCAGCCUGGUGCCCAGCCCAGGGUCAGGCUGUCUGGCCUCAAUGAUGCUGAGCAUCCCAGUUUGGGGGUGCUGGGCAGUGGCAGGGGAGCUGAGCACCCUCUCACAAAGCCCUGCCAGUGCCUGUGCUGGGGGAGUGAUUGUAUGAAACUGUUUACUUCUGACAAUGCUGUUUACAAGAGGGAUGUGGGGUGGGGGUGGGGGGACAAGCCAAGCCUCAGGAGGAUUGGGAAACGUGGUAUCUGCACCAGCCUGCAGCAAGGCACUGGUGGGGAUUUCCUGACCAGCUGUGGGCCAUGGGGAGGAGAGCAGAGGUGGCUCCAGCCUGGAGGGCUUAGAUUAGCUCCCCCUUAUCCCCUUGCUGCUCUGUGUGAGGUUCAGCAGUGCUAGUGACAGAUAAGAGUUACCCCUGUGGUCUUCCUUUACUCCUCAGGACCCAGCUCCUUUACAUAUCAGGGGCUCCCAGAGCCUUUCUGGAGCAAUAAGACUUCAAACAAGCAUUUACCACCCAUGUGGGAAUCCUCCCUGUGUGGGAAUCCUCCCUGUGUGCAUUGUGUCUCCUCCCUAUGCAGUACUGAGUCUGGGUUUAAGCCCUCGUGGGGCGGCUGCUUCAGGGCACAAGCUGGGACACGUUUCCCUGUGCUUCCUGCAGGUCAUGGGAGCAGGGGAAUGUGUUGCUGCUUUUCUUUACUCCAGGGCUGUGCUGCCCAAGCUUCACACUACAGCUGCCUGGGGCCAGGGGGGUCCUGGGCCCCUUUCAGGACAGACAUGGGGUGCUCACCCCCCAGCAGGAGCAGCCUCUGGGCUUUGCCUGGCUCCUGGCAGCCUGCCAUCCCAGCAGCCUGGCUGUAGGUGGAAGGCAGAGCCCCUGUCCCCGUGGCUGCUCGUGCCCUAGGCUCCCCAGGGAGCUGGUGCUGGGCAGAGCUGUGCCCACAGCUCCUGGGAGCUGGGCACGUGCCAGCGUGUGGUCCCUCAUGUCCAAAAGCAUUUGACACUUCAGAGCAGGGUGCUGGGUGCACAGGGAGCUGUGAUGUGACACAUCUGUUGCUCUGCAGCCUGCCCCAGUGCUUUGAAAUCCAAAGGUGAUGUCCAGGCUGCAGGAAGAGCUGGCAGAGGCCAGAAGGAAGUGUUUGGUGUUCUGUCCCAUCCCCAGGUCUCUCCCUGUCGCAUCCCCAGCCCUGGAGCUCACUCCUCCAGCAGCUUUUCAGAGGUGAGCCUGGGGACAGGCACAGCCAGGCCCUGCCCUGCUCCCUUCUCCCCCCUGUGCUGAGCUGGCAAGGGCAGAAGGCUUAAACCCAGACUCCAGACUGAAGCUGAUGACAUUAGCCCUGUAUUUCCCUUUGUUUUUGCACAGAAGCUGGUGACUUUGGACCUUGUGUGAACAACUUUCUAUGACUAUUUUUUGUACUUGGUUUACUGGGGUUGGUGUGAGAUGUUGUAUUUAAGUUCCCUGACCACUGUGGAUGCCCCUGAUGUGGAUGAGUGGCAGAGGCUUUGUAAGUUAAGAGACGUUUGUGUGAAUAAAGCUGUUGGAUGGGGUUGAAAAGCCACACAACUUGAACCACGAGCUUGGGGUGUUUGUCCUCAGCCCUGCUGCCAGCAGCUGGUUGGGAAGGAAGGGGAAGCCCCUUGGGCAGACUAAGAGGGCAGGUCUGGCAAAGGCCAGGCUGGGCUAGCAGACCCAAG